AUGUCUCGGACGACCAGUCUCAACUCACCUGGUCCACAAAGAUGUAGUAUCUCACUCAAAGUCAAGCACCCCCAACAUCCCGGCGCCGUCGUAAGCCCUAAGGCAAACCAAACAUCGACAUCCGUCAAUGCGACAACCCAAACGAACGGACAAGCUACGCAUAAGCCAGGUAGCCGGCGCCCUCAAAACCCGCCGCUAGACAAAUCGACGGCGUCAUCACGGUCUCUCGCUAAUGUCAACAAACUCAGAAUAUUCCGUCGUCCGUGCUCUACGAGGGAUCUAGCCCCAGUAAGCCAUCGACGUAAGAACUCAAGUAAGGCUGCAGUCGUGCCGCGUCCUGCGCGGCUUCAUCUAAAUGAAAAGCAUCGCAAUUGGAAGCUUGAAAAGGGGUAA